AUGUCGUCCUCUCGCCGUGUAUUCGUCGACGAUACAGAUCGUCGCAUCGUCUACUCUGCCGGUCCGUGGGUCAAAGCAGGCUCGGGAGCCCUGGAAGCUGGGCCAGGUGGAUACGGAAGUUUAGAGAACACUUGGCACGAGGUGCGCGAAAGCGGGAGCGCGUCUUAUCUUUUCAACGGGACGGACGUUUGGGUGAUGGGAGCGACUCCUGAACCAACCGAGGGUGGGACAGGAGUCCUCAACCUGCAUCUUGCAUGUCAUGUGGACGGCACUCCCAUAGAGAUAUUCAAUUUAACUAGGAAUGACUUGCCCGAGAAUUACGGGCGGAUUUGCUGGGCCAAUGAUCUCGAUCCGAGGGAGCACCAACUGACAGUUACUACUACCUUGGUUCGCGAGCCUGCAGAUACAUUCCUUGCAUUCGACGGCAUUUUCUACACGCCUAUCGACGAAGGCGAGGGAAAUGACGAGAAUCAAGUCAAGGAAUACAAGGCCGACGAUUCAGCAAUAACCUACGAUGGGGUCUGGGACCUCCUUAGGGAGUCAUCCGCCAAUAAUGUAUCCAUGCGAUCAACGAGCGCCAACGGGGCGACCUUAACUCUUGAUUUCUCAGGCACGAAAGCCUCCUUCGUAGGGUGGAGAGCGUUUGGCGAGUUCGGAGAGGCAAACGCAUCGUUCGUCUUGGACGAUGACGAGCCUAGAACGUUCGCUGUUCCAACUCUUGAGGCCUAUCACCAUCGAUAUCCACCCUUCACAUUCUUUGAAACACGAAGUCUAUCACCUGGGAAUCACACCUUGAAGGUACACUAUGACGGGGAGGGCAACAACCCUGCUCCCCUCAUUUUUGAUCUAUUUCUCGUUCGAGGCGGAUCUCCCCCGCCAGUGCCAGUUGAUGAAGGAGAUUCACCCUCUGGUGAUCGCUCGACUUCCCCGCCGGACGCACGUCCCACAGGCGAUAUUGAUAAUGGAGGCGAUGAUUCGACGGCAAGGGGGACGAAAAGAGAUGUGGGUGCUAUCGUAGGUGGAGUUCUAGGAGCCGUUGCGGGGUUGUCACUCCUCGUCCUCAUUGCGAUAUUAGUGCUGAGAGCGCGGUCUCGUAUAAGAAAGGAGAGCCAACCCGGCCCUUCGGCCAAUGUACAGGAACCUUACUCGGUGCGGGGAGACGCAGGCGUGGAAUCGCCACCGAUCGUUCUUCAAGGGAAGAAGGACUUCCUCAUCCCUCGUAUGCUACCGUAG